UGUACUUAUAUACAUAUACAGUAGAUUGCACAUUUGCAUGCACCGUAAAUGAGGUGUAAAUGAACAACAAAUGAGUGUAAAUGAGUCCGCUGACGGCUGAUUCCGCUCCGCCCGGUCGCGAAAGAUGUCACCUAAAAUGUGUCGUACAUCCAGCUGCAAAUAUAAAUAUUAAAACAUCAUUUUCUACACAAUGUCAGCAUCCAACAAAAGUAAUUUAAAGAAACAACAUAUAGUGGGAAUACAAUUGCGAAAAAUACAAUACCAGGAUUUUCAACUAGAAGGGAUAUAGGUUACCGAGUCCGUGGAAAUCUAUUCGCUUUCCCGGUAAAGGAUUAAUCUUAAAAUGUACAAAGUGAUAUCAAGAACAUUUGUGUUCAAGGGCGUGAACACGUUGGAGCCCUUAAAACGCAGUCUGAUACAACGGGGUCUUGUGAAAGUGGACAGAGAGACGGAGAAGUCCAGGAAAGUAGCCAAUCUCAAAUGGUACUGGUUUGGCAGGUACAUAAAUUACAUCAAGAACUAUGAACAUACGCUGGAGCGUAAAUUCCCACGUACGAUGCAAAUGUACCGUGUGUUCAGUGUCGGCACCAGAGACGUGUAUACAAACUUAAAAAGUUUCGUCACUGCGAUAAAGAAGCAGGGAUCGAACGGCGUAGAUAGUUUAACACGGGAGCAGCUGCAGCUGAUGCACACAAUGCCGAGGGAUCUGCGAAAGCUCUUGCCAUUGUUCCUGCUGUCGGCUGCGCCGUUUACGAAUUACAUUAUUUUUCCUCUAGCUCUGUAUUUUCCACGUUACUUAUUGACGUCGCACUACUGGACGCUGCAACAGAAGCUAGAAUUCAUGCUGUCUGAUCACAAGGCGAGGUUGAAACACAACAGACCAUUGUUCAGAUGCAUGCAGGCAGAGCUCAAGAGCAUCAAGGAUGAAACACUCAGAAUAAAAUGGCGAGACGUUAUAGCUUGCUUAGGAAGUGGUACACAUCCAACCACUAAGAAUAUCAUAGCUUGUUCCAAGCUCUUUUCAGGCCCACCAUAUUCCCUCAAUAAUCUCAAAAGGAAACACCUGAAAGAAUUGUUGGCAAUACAUGGUAUGUCGCUAUGGAGACCUUUCAAGAGGAAAAGAUUGACGGAAAGGGGUAUGUUAAUAUUGCGAAUGGAUCGUGCAAUUAUACGAGAGGGAGGAAUAAAAGAAAUGUCCAACGAAGCAAUGCGAUGGGCUUUAUCCUUUAGAGGCGUAAAUCCUGCAAAUAUGUCUAUAGAAAGUAUGAGAAGCUGGCUUGAGCAAUGGUUAAUAGUAUCAGCGUCUGUCGACCAAAAUAAUUUAUCUUUGUUAUUACACAACCCUAUUUUAUUAGCUUAUAAUCAUUCAACAAAUUGGACUCUUAUAUAUAGUUAA